AUGUUUGCUGUUACAGCUUACGAGGCAUGGCGUGUCAUUGCUUGCUUGUUUUCCUCUUUGAAAGAGCGUUGGGCAACAGGACAACAACACGCAAUUCUGAUUCAGCACUUGUUUCCCCAUCUGCAUCAGCGUCCAACACAGCACGUCAACGCAGAGUACAGCACGACCAGCUCGUCGGGCUCUCUCUUGCCUUCUUCUCACGAAUACCUCACAUGUUUUUUUUUUAUUUCCUCUUUCUGUUCUGUCUCUGUACUUCCAGGCAAGCGAGGUGGCUUAGACAUGGCUAGCGGGCGUUUCCCAAAUUUCCGAAUUUCUGUUUUAUCUGAUUUCUGGUUUUCGUUUCCAUACCCGAACUAG